AUGCCCAGGGUCCACCCAGAUGGCGGCUCGGUGAGCACGGAGGGUGCAGGGCAGGCAGAGCCGUUGAUCCACCAAGGCGCCGAGAACAGCAGCGGCAAGGUGGAGGACAGGUCUCCAUCGGCCCCGCCCCAGGCGGUCGACGCGAAGGCCAGCGCGGCGCUGCUGCCGGUAGUGCGGACCGUGCCCGACAGACUGCACGAAGACUUGAUUGCGGCCGCGCAGAGAGACGAUGCUGACGAGGUGCGGAGGCUGGUCAGGGAGGGCGCUGACCCCAACUGGGAGCGCGAGGACGGGUGGAACGCCUUCUACAUGGCCGCCGGCAACGGGUGCGCGGACGCGGUCGAGGCGUUCGGGGAGCUGCGCGACCAGGGCGUUGGGGCGCCCGCUGACCCGCAGCGUCCGGGGAUGUUCGGCAACAAGCUGUUCCACUUCUUGGGCGUGCCGAUGACGAGCGACUACAGCGCCGUCGCCAGGACCGUGCCGGUGGCGGCCAAGUGGUUUGGCGGGGUCGGCGACGGCAUCAACACGCAGGCGAGCGACGGCAAGACGGGCAUCCACCUGGUCAUCCAGUUCAUGGCCGACGGACCCGGCAAGAUCGAGCUCCUGCGCGCGUUCGUGCACUCCGGGGCCAACCUGACCAUCUUCGACAAGCGCGGCGACUGCCCGCUCAGCCUCCUGCUCCAGCUCAGCCCCACGCUGGCGAAGGAGCUCGCGCUGGACCCGCUGUACGAGCUCGUCCGCAAGUUCGAGCCCAUGGAGCUGCUGCGCAACGGCAUGAACGUGCCCUUCCACGAGGCGUUCAAGUACAGCAAGGUGAUCUACGGGACGCAGGCCAACGGCGGGAAGCACGGCGGGCUGGACCAGCUGUCCACGGGCCUGCUCAGGAUCCUGCACAACACGCCCAUGGCGCACUACCUGCUGGCGCACCCGGCGGUGGACCAGGCCGUGCGCGCGCACUGGUACGCGGGCGUGCAGAGCUUCAUGAUCGCGCAGAUCUCGAUCGUGCUGCUGCUGGUCGUGCUCCUGACGUUCUCGCUCGUGGUCGGGACCAUCACUGGCCCGCACCACUACACGGGGGCGCUGUCGUACGCCCGCGCGGGCGCCGAGAUCGCAGCGGUCGCCAUCAACUUCUACUUCAUCUCGGUGGAGAUCGGCGACCUGUGGGAGGCGUACGCCGAGGAGACGACGGCCUGGAACAACCAGAUCGACAUCGUGUUUGGCAUGUACGCCGUGGACUCGGCCGCGCCGGGCGGCCCGCAGGUGGUGCAGCGCGACAAGGUGGCGCGCUUCGUCAACACGUGGGACGCCACGGACGGCGCGGCCGAGCGCCUCGGCCAGGUCGACGUGACGGACGAGCAGGUCUACGCGGAGUUCGACAAGGUGUGCGACAAGGAGCUGGGCGGGCUGACGCUGGAGCAGUUCCGCAGGGUGUGGACCAAGCUGCGCAAGGAGAAGCAGUGGGUGCUGGCGCUCAACCAGUACAUGAGCGACUUCUUCAACUGGAACGACCUGACGCUGCACCUCCUCAUCCCGGCGAUCGCGGUGUGGCGCGUGGUGUACCUGGUCCAGGAGGGCGCCGGCGAGUCCGUCGGGGGGUCGCAGGAGCACGUCGACAUGUGGAUGAUGUGCGCAGUCAGCCUCCUCUCGUGGGGCAAGAUCGCGCGCUACUUCCUCUGCUUCCAGCCCAUGGGCCCCCUUGUCGUCAUGGUGUUCUUGAUGCUUCGGAAGGACCUCAGCCGCUUCGCGGCCAUCCUGGCGAUGUUCUUCAUAGGCUUCAGCGUCGCGUUCUUCGUCCUCCUGCGCGACAGCCCCGACACCGAGGACUUCGACACCUUCCCGAAAGCCAUGCUGUACUCGUUCUUCAUGAUCCUGGACGGAAUCGCAGACUACGUCCCAGCCAUGACCGCGGCCUCGCCCUACGUCGGGCCCUUCCUCGCCAUCGCCUACGCCCUCAUGGGCCAGGUCCUGCUGCUGAACCUCCUGAUCGCCAUGAUGGCCACCUCGUAUUCGGAGGUGUGGGACCAGGCGGAGGUGUCGUGGCGCCUCCAGGUGAUCGAGGCCAUCAUGCACGUGUCGAAGCGGAGACGCGGCGGCGUGAAGACGGACUUCGAGAAGUUCGAAGUGCGGUACCUGCCCACCACGGAGCUCGAGUCGCUGCUGGCGGAGGUGGGCGACGAGGACCUGAUUCACGGCCCGAUGAAGGUCAAGGACGAGGAGGAGGCGCCCGCGUGGGCGACGGCGCUCGGGGCGCGGCUCGAAAAGAUCGAGGGCGAGCUGGCUGCGCUGCGUGGCCGAGCUGCAGGGCCUCGCAAGACUGCGUCGGUGCUGUAG